CUUACAGGUGUGGGCCACCGUACCCACACCACCACACUUCCUUUCAUGUUUCUUCAAACCGAUAACGAAAGCACACCAACUGAAAGGGGGAGCCUAAAACACAAAGCGUUUUUCAUUAGCUUCUUAUUGAGAAACUAUGACUCCUAAAAUGAGAAUGAUGUGUGUUGGUGUGACUCUCCUGAUUCUCCACCACUUUAUGGAAACUCAAUCAGACAAAUUAAAGCUGUUUGGUCCAGAAUCUGUGGUUGAUGCUGUCGUGGGUGAAGAUCUUGUUCUGCCCUGUUUCGUCAACACCAGUGCUGUGGACAUGACAGUGGAGUGGUUCAGACUAGAUUUAUCAGUAAACUCAGAAGUGCAUCUCUACAAGGAUCUUGAAGACAAAAAUGAAAAUCAGGCUCGGUUGUACAGAGGAAGAACAUCACUGUUUAAAGAGGAGCUGAAGAAAGGCAACGCUUCACUCAAACUCUCAGCUGUCCGACUCUCUGAUGAAGGACGAUAUAAGUGUCUCAUCGAGGAUAAAUCCUGGUCUGAUGAUAUAAUUAUCCAAGUCAUUGUUGCGGCACAGGGAAGCCACCCGGUGAUCAGGAUGGAGCGUUAUGAUAACACGGGAGGGAUUGAUCUAGUGUGUGAAUCUAGAGGCUGGAACCCUGAACCUGAGGUUUUGUGGCUGAACAGAGAAGGAACCACCCUGCCUGCUGAAAAUACACAGAUACACAAAGACACUGAGGGCUUCACUGUGAAACGUCGCAUCACUGUUUAUGAUUAUAGUGACUCCAACAGAUUUUAUUGCCGCCUUCAACAAAAACAUCAUAUGAUGGAAGCAGAGGUCAUCAUUAAUAGUAAAGUCUUUAAUGCUUGGAAGUGGGAUGUCGGCAUUUCGGUUUCAACAUGUCUUUUAGCUGUCGGAGUGAUAGCAACUUCAGUUAUCUGUUACAGAAAAGCACUUCAGAAGCAGAAGCAACACACAGAGCUUCAGAUACAGAGGCACAGCACAGAGUUUCAGAGACAGAAGCAAUACAUAGGGUUCAUAAAGAAGCUGCUUACAGUGGAUGUGACUCUGGAUCCUGAAACAGCUCAUCCUCGUCUCAGAGUGUCUACUGAUGGAAAACAAGUGACAUAUGAGGACAAGGAACAGGAGAAUCUCACUGACACACCAAAGAGGUUUAGUUAUUAUUACUGCGUUGCAGGAAAGCAGGGUUUCUCCUCGGGGAGAGUUUAUUAUGAGGUGCUGGUGAAAGGGAAAACUGUGUGGAGAUUAGGAGUGUUCAGAGAGCACAUUAACAGGAAGGAGUGGAUUACAUGGAGACCUCAGUAUGGAGUCUGGACUAUGGAAAUGAGGAUAGAUAAAUACAGUGCUAAUGCCGAUCCCGCUAUCCCCCUCACACUGACACAAGAGGUGGAGAAGGUGGGGGUGUUCGUUGAUUAUGAGGAGGGUCUGGUCUCCUUUUAUGAUGUGGAUUCCAGAUCUCAUAUCUACUCUUACACGGGUCAGUCUUUCACUGAGAAACUCUUUCCAGUCUUCUAUUCUCGGGACAAUGAACCACUGAUCAUCACUCCUGUUACUGAAUAAAUAUCUGAUAUCAUUUUAAACUGUAUUCUUUACAGCUGGCUAUCUUCAUCACUUAAUUCUAAAAUCAAAAUAAUUUGUGUAAAAUAUGAUUUUUUGUUGUGUAUAAAAUAAACUAUAAACUCUGUAAACAGUUGAAACAUAGUCUACAGUAUAAUGAAGUGUUUGCAUGAACUCUAAUAAUCCCAUCAUCAUCAGAUUUUCACAGUUCCAAUCAGAUUAAAGUCAUUAUUAGAUUUAUAGAAAUUCUAAAGACUAGAUUCUAAAGAAAGACACAGCUAUGUAGUUCAGUUACUAAAUCAUUCAGCGUUUAUGCUGUUAAUCCGGUUUCUGUACUCUGUAAUGCCAUCUUGGAAAUAGCAACCAUCUCUGUCACCUGUGUGUAUUUAACUUGCAUUCAUUUACUUGAAUAUCAAUAACAUUUUCUCCAGCACUAAGAAUCAAAACUUAUUAUUGGUGUGUGUGGUAGUUACUAAUGAGGUUAUUUUACAGUUUGACAUACUGUGUAAUGCUGUUUGUUUUCUCCUGAACAUUAUUUUAGUUCUGCGAUUGGAUGUGAAGAUGUGUUAGAAAUGUAUAUUUCUAUACGCUAUAUAUAUGAUAUAAUUUUUAUGUAUGAUUAUGUGAAAAUACAAUAUAUUUUGUUACUAGGAUAUUAGUACAGUUAUUAUUAGUCUGUGCGAUAAUCAAUCAAAAACAGAAUCCCGGUUUAUAACCAUUUCUGUACUGAAAAGAGUCUCAGUAAUGAAAUAUCCUGGAUUUUCACUCAAUCAAAAUAUAAACAGUGUAUGUGUGUGUGUAUCUGUGUGUUUGCUUAAGCUGUGAUCUGCACAAACUGACUGCAACUGAUAUGGCAUGCCAGGUCACAUGUUCGUCUCAAGCAAAGCCAUGAUCACCUGAGCACUCCCAUUCUAUACUCCAUUCCACUCCUUUUGUUUUGCCACUUUACUUAUCACUCCAAGCUCACCUGUUACCAAUUUAUCAUCAUCACCAUUUCCUAUUUAACGUACACUCAGACAACCUAUCUCCAUCAGAUCAUUUUUAUAAUCCUUUACUAACUGAGAUUCGUGAAGGUAAUGAGUUUUGUUCUUCCAUAUAAAUUUCAAGAUUUUGAAGUUUAAUGAAUUUAUUGCUUUUGAUAAAGUAUAAAGAUGAAAAAAAGAGGGCUGAUUGGACAUCUCAUGCAAAUACCCCAUUUAACUGAGAAGCUUCUUGAAAUGCCAUUUCUGAGAGAUACACUGCUAUGAAUAUAAUUAUAACGCAUUUGAAUGAUAUUGCAAAAUUUUGUUUCAAAACCAAAAAGUUUUAAACAAAAAGGGGUUCUUUAAAGAAUCAAAGGCUUAAAAAAAGUCUAGGAAUAAAAUAAAGCUAUCUUGCAUGAUCAAUGAAUUCUAAUCAAGUAUAUAUAAAACGAAGCUACUGUAAUAUGAUUAUGAAUGUAUCUUCCGUUUAUUAAUGCAUCAAUUAUUUAAAAAAAUCUAAUCUUAUAAAAAGUGAAGUGUAAUGGGCCUCCAGUUGCCCAAGGAUAUUAUAUCUUUGUACGGUUUGGGUAUUAGUGUCAAGUAUACUUUGCUUUAUUGUUGGUGAUAAAACAGAAUUAUCAUUGCACUCCUUAAAAUUAUUGUAUAUCAAAUAUUUAAUUUAAGACCAAAAGAUUUAUAGAACUCUGAUAUGAUCCCUUUUGACCCUGGGGACUUUUCAUUGAGCAUUUGAGAAAUAACAUCCAGUUCAGCUACAGAAAUUUCAGCUUCUGCUAUAUCUUUGAAAUUUACAUCUUUUUUUUGAGAUGCACUUAAAUUAAGUUCAGAAGGGAUUCUGCCCUAAUGACUGCAGUUAACAGACAAUUUUUUAUAAAAAAUAAAAAUAUGAUUAUCAAUUUUUUCCUGAUCCUCACUUAAACAAUUACCAAUAUUAUCAAUUACUAUUUUCCCCAUCUUCAAUCCAUCUUGCUCUUGAAUUGAUAAAUGUGCCCUUACCUCUUUCUGUGUAAAGAUCAUAAGGCUGUAGCUUGUGAAGUUCAAUGUUAUU